AUGUCUCAAUUCGACAUAAUCGGCGAGCAGUACAAGAAACUGCCGGUCCUCAUCAACAGCGCGAAUGUUGGUGGAAAGACGUACAUUGUGACGGGUGGUAACACCGGGCUUGGGCUUGAGACUGCCAGACACCUCGUCAAAGCGAACGCAGCCCACGUCAUCAUUUCGAGUCGUAAAGUUUCGGCAGGCGAGGCGGCGAAGGCAAACAUCGAGCAAACCACUGGGCGUAAGAAUGUGAUUGAGGUCUGGCAGCUUGACCUUAUGUCGUUCGCGUCCGUGAAAGCAUUUGCAGACAAAGCCUCCAAACUAGAGCGAAUUGAUGCUCUUAUCGAGAACGCCGGAGUUAUGACGGACAAGUUCGUCCUCGCUGAAGGCCACGAGAGUUGUAUGACAGUCAACGUUAUCAGCCCAUUCUUGUUGGCCGCGCUAUUGAUGCCGAAAUUGCAGGAAACGGCACAAACGUUCAACACCACGCCGCGCAUCGUCAUGGUCGGUAGUGCACUGGCGUUCCAAGCGAAUAAAGAGCUAGAGAAGGGGGGACAGAAGAACAUCCUAGCGAACCUGAACGAUGCUAAAGUCGCGGAUCGCUAUCCUUUGACGAAACUCGUGCAGCUAUACGCCACCCGUGAAUGGGCCUCUCUGUACCCUGCCGAGAAGACCAACGUGAUCAUGAACAUGACUGCCCCCGGGGUAUGCUCGACUGGUCUUGCUCAUGACACAAGUGCCGCCACUCGUGCUUUGAUCGGGACGAUUCGGUUCUUUUUUGCGCGGACAGCCGAGGAAGGCAGCCGUACAACGGUCCAUGGUGUCAUCGCUGGCAACGACAGUCACGGCCAAUUUCUCUCCGGCUGCAAGAUCAAAGAUUGGUGGGUCCCCGCCUGGGUCAAGAACGAACAGGGAUUACGCACACAAAAGCAAUUGUGGAAAGAGCUUACUGAAAUCCUGGAGGCGACAUCCCCUGGCGUGAUGUCAAACAUCAAAUCAGUUGGCACCUGA